AUGAAUGAAAGGACAAUUUUAACUUUAUCAUUUAAUGCACAGAGCAUAAAAUUUCAAGAUAAUGUGUCUAUUGGUGGAAAAAUAUCUGCGAAUGUAAGGUUCUUGAGUUACAAGAAUCAGAUAAUAUUUGAACCAGUUAUUCCUUCUUCGAAUCCCAUGUUUUUGUAUACGGGGAGAUCGUUUACAUUUGGUAUUAGUAAUAACAUGAAAUGUGAAUUGUAUAAGGAGUUUAUCUUGCACGUAAAUCUACAUCAAACUGAUCCGGAUAAAAUUUUGUCAGAAUCUGCGGUAGAUAUCACUAACGCUUUCCGCGAUGUUUUCUGCAAUGAUCCUACACCCGAAGAUUCACCAAAACAGGUGAAAACCAAAAUACGAUUUAAUGAUGAUAAGGGUGGACUCAUAGCCACUUUGGACGUUAUCAUUGGUAUAAUUCCACCUGUACCGAACCUCGUAACUGACUUGCCCAUUGAUGUAGACAUUAAUAAUCAGUUCAUUAAUACAAAAAUUGACUGCCAUACAUGCCCAAAAGUAUCAGAUCUUAAAUGUCCCGAUGAUAACGAGCACAGUGAUGACGGUGAAUGGGAUAUGAUGACCGCGGAGCUCAAAAAUGGACAUUCAAUUGCUAUUAAAUAUAAAAGGAAAUAUUAUUCAUUCCAACCAACAGAACCCGAUGAACAAUGUGAAGUAGAAGAAGAUACCACUACUAAAAGCGAAGAAAAACUAAAUUCUCACAUGCUUGAAUUGCUGUCAGAUAUGCAUAGACUAAUAGCAGAAAAUCCAAAAUCCAAAAAACCAGAGUUAAAAUAA